UACCACCAGGGUCUGCUGAGAGCCAUGUUGGAUAUGAAUGAAAGGGAGAGUUGCUGCACCCCUGACGCCGACAGACCGAGUUCUACCGAACACAGCGAGUAAAUGCCAACUUCCCGGGCCCACGGAGAGACGGGGGAGCACGGGGGAAGGUGUCGGGCGGUGCCGCUGGAGCUGGCUACCUAGCCGGGACCGAAGAGAGAGAGAGACGCACUCGGAAGAGAGGGAGAUAGAAAGAGAGAGUGGUGAGAGGGAGAAAGGGGGAAGGAGAAAGGAUCUUACCAGACUAAUGGCUGCACUGCUACUGGGUUCCAGCCUGCUCUCACCACUUCUUCUCCACCUGCUCCUCAGUCCUUUGUUCGCGGUUAACCCGGGGAAGUUAGCAGGGACCUUUCGUUGGAGCCCGGGACCCUGCCCUGAGACACCGAGCCAUCCAAGGGAAGCUGGGGUCUUGGCGAGCAGCAGUGGUUCGGUGAUCUGCCCCAGGUGUACGUUACAACGUCUCCCAUCGGGACGGCUCCAAUCGGAACCAGCAUUCCCGGUUUGGAGUCCUUUUGUAUGGCAGAGGGCGCACGGAGACCCUUUUAAACCGCUGUGCACCGAAGAAGGAGGUGCGAGAGGGCCGUGGAAUGGAGUCAGGCACCCCCAACCUGCAGGUAGGAGCAGGAGCAGCGGUGGGGAGAGGGGCGUUGUUUCACCUGUUUUCUGUUCGUGGGUUCAAAAGGCCAAAAAGCGGUAUAUACAAAGGACUAGAGAUUGCGCACGGUCACCACCCUCUCUGCCGCCCGCCAAACCCGACACAGGGAGAGUCUUUGUGCGCGGCCAACACCAGGGACCUGAAAGCGAGUCGUCGGAGAUUGUUAAAGACGUUCGAGGGGCUUCUGAAAGGUGCACAAGGACCCUUCACCGGCCACUUCCCCCAACACAGCAAAUAUCUACAGCUAAGCAACCACCUGGACAGCUGCCAUGGGGCCCUCCUCACUCUCAUUUGGGCAAUAAUACUUUGGACACCGGCGAGGUGGCCACCGGUGCUUGUUCUCAUUUAAGUAGUCACAAUGUUAUCGAUCUCACCAGUGAUGGUUGUAAUCGUUCGUUUACUAAAGCCAUUGGGAGAACGGGGAGGAGCGUGGUGCAAGGCCCCUGCCAAUGCUAUCUCAGCGCAGCCACCGCAGGCAGUGCAGCCAGAUGUUACCAGUCACCCGGGAUUACUGAAUGGGCCAUGGCCCUCACAGGUUGUUAUUUCAGGCAUACCCGAGACAGGCUCCACGCCAGCCCCAGUCCUGGGCAUGCUAUGGUUCUGGGCAGGAGGAGGGAGGGAUGGAAGGCACAAGGUAACAAACACGUGAACAAAAAUGAUUUGGAUAAUGAUUUGGCCUCCGUUUAUCUAACAACCAAGUUUAUGGAGCCGGCUGCUCCGCCACAGAGAAUAUCAGUUUUGACAGGCCGAGAACAGAGCGCUCAACCCCGGUUAGAGAGUAAGGGGUUACCCUGGGGGUCUCUCCUCGGAACGAGGUGUUGUGGUUUGCAGCGGAUGGAUGUGGGGGGAGGACUUUCAGCCAACGUUAUAGGUCCCAGGGGAAGCAUAGAAGUGAGUAAUCUCGACAUCCAAUUUCCCCCCACCACAAAUAUCACGGAUAGUCUAUGUUUGCCAUCUAACGGAACCGGUUAUGAAAACAGAAAUUCUACUAGCUCAUUUUCCUUAUUCCAUGACGACAUACAGGCAGCAGAAUCGGCUGCUCGAGCCAAUGUUCCUCAUCCUCAGUCUGAGCCAGCUCACAAUGAGUCAGCUAUCGUCACCCCUAUAUUUUCUUCCAUCGCCGCUCUCACUAUAGCAGCCUCGGUACACGCUGGUGUAAUUAAGUCUGGUGUCACUCACAGGGAUCUCGUUAUCGCAAACGCCUUCUCAUUCUCCAUGGAGCUCAAUCUAACUGAACGGGAUAGUGACUCAGACUCAUAUUCCCAGCCACGGACUAGCCUCCUCUACAGACCCCCUCCCUUUCACAUAGGUUCAGCACCACAGGCACAAUGGACAGCAUCCAUCAAAACCUCUACCCAGAUUUCUCCAAGUAAACAGGUAUAUUCGGCUCACCACUUUCAGCCAUUUUUUGGGGAGAAUGUUCACAAGGUCAACAAUAAUAACAAUAAUAACAAUAUCAGAAAUUACAACCAGAACCACAAUAACAACAACAAGGAAAACAAAGAGGAGCAUGUUCAGAUGAAUCAUGAAAGAAAUGGUGCCAAUAGUAGACAAGAGCCAGUGGAUCUGAGUGGACUAUGCUCACAGACACAGCUGGGCUUGGUCCCUGAAGAAUUGCUCUACACUGCGUGUGUUGACAGCAGCUCAGGCGACAGCUUAACUAAUGUCCAGGGGGGCACUCGCCCGCAAUUAAAAUCAGGUAAACUGGUGCCAUUACAACAGGAAGGUGUCAGUCAGCCAGAAAGGCAUAUGGGUGGCAAGGUUGAGGAGGGGUCUGGGGGAGGCAAAUUACAGGUGGGGGAGGGAGAGAGACAGGCCAGAGAGGCACGGAGGGAGGAAGUGGAGGAGUGGGAGUCAGAGGGAAUAACAAAGAGAGCCACAGCCCAGACAGAUGAGACUGUAGAAGCAGAGGGUGAGAGAGAGAAAGGUCAGGAGAGGGCCAGUCUCACACAGACACAGAGUGGUGAAGGAGGAAAAGAGGAGGGGAAGAAAGUGUGGCAGGGGGCUGAAAGCACACAGGAAGACGAGGAGGAAAGGCACAGGUCAAGGGGAGAGAGAAGCUUGGGAAGGCAGACCGUGGAAGAUGAAGGUGAGGAGGACAGAGGGAAAGAGGUUUUGGUGGUGGGGCGCACUCGCCGAGCUGCCAACAGACACCCUCACUUCUCCCAGUAUAACUUCCAGGUCCAGGUUCCAGAAAACCAGCCCCCAGGCACCUCAGUCAUACCCAUGUCAGCCACCGACCCAGACGCAGGUGAAGCAGGCAGGCUCAGCUACACCAUGGCCCCUCUCAUGAACAGCAGAUCCACGGACUACUUCCACAUCGACCCUGACACGGGCCUCAUCACCACUUCCCAGGUGCUGGACAGGGAGCACAUGGACCUGCACUACUUCCGGGUCACGGCAUCAGACCACGGCUCUCCACGCCUCUCUGGCACCACCAUGGUGGCAAUCACUGUGGCCGACCGCAAUGACCACUCGCCUAUCUUUGAGCACACAGAGUACCGGGAGACCAUCCGGGAGAACGUGGAGGAGGGCUACCCCAUCCUGCAGCUCCGAGCCACUGACCUGGAUGCCCCGUCCAACGCCAACAUCCGCUACCGCUUCAUAGGAGACACCGCUGCUGCGGCCCGGGCCGCAUUUGAGAUCGACCCCCGCUCAGGGUUGAUCACCACGCGGGGCGUGGUCGACCGGGAGACCAACGAACGCUACACCCUCCACGUGGAGGCCAGCGACCAGGGAAGGGAGCCCGGGCCCCGCUCGGCCAUCGUUAAGGUCUCCAUCACGGUGCUGGACGAGAACGACAACGUGCCCCAGUUCAGCGAGAAGCGCUAUGUGGUGGCGGUCAGGGAGGACGUGCGGCCCCACUCUGAGAUCCUGAGGGUGAGCGCUACGGACCAUGAUAAGGAUAGCAACGCGGCCGUCCACUACAACAUCAUCAGUGGGAACAGCCGGGGCCAGUUCUCCAUCGACAGUGUGACGGGGGAGAUCCAGGUAGUUGCCCCUCUGGACUUUGAGGCAGAGAGGGAGUACACUCUGAGGGUACGAGCCCAGGACAACGGCCGGCCGCCCCUCUCCAAUAACACAGGUAUCAUCAGCGUGCAGGUGACCGACGUCAACGACAACCCUCCCAUCUUCGUGUCCACGCCGUUCCAGGCGUCAGUGCUGGAGAGCGCCCCCGUGGGCAGCUCCAUCCUCCACAUCCAGGCCAUCGACACAGACUCUGGGGACAACGCCCGUCUGGAGUACAGGCUGACUGGCACCAGCCCUGACACGCCCUUCGUCAUUAACUCCGCCACGGGCUGGGUGACGGUCAGCUCGGCUCUGGACCGGGAGUCUGUGGAACACUUCUUCUUUGGGGUGGAGGCCAGAGACUAUGGCGUCCCACCUCUCUCCGCCACAGCCAGCGUGACUAUAACAGUGAUGGACGUCAAUGACAACAGGCCAGAGUUCCUGCAGAAAGAGUACUUUGUGAGGCUCAACGAGGACGCAGCUGUGGGCACCAGUGUGGUCAUUGUGACCGCGGUCGACCGUGAUGUCAACAGUGCGGUCACCUAUCAGAUCACGGGGGGCAACACGCGUAACCGCUUUGCCAUAAGCACAGCCGGAGGGUCGGGGCUGGUCUCUCUAGCACUGCCGCUCGACUACAAACAGGAGCGCCGAUACGUUCUGACUGUGACGGCUUCCGACCGCACGCUACAUGACACAUGCCAGGUCCACGUCAACAUCACGGACGCCAACACACACCGGCCCGUGUUCCAGAGUGCUCACUACUCUGUGACCGUGAACGAGGACCGCCCCCCGGGCAGCACGGUUGUGGUCAUCAGCGCCACGGAUGAUGACGUUGGCGAAAACUCUCGCAUCACCUACUUCCUGGAAGACAACAUCCCCCAGUUCCGCAUUGACCCAUCCAGCGGAGCCAUCACCCUGCAGGCCGAGCUGGACUACGAAGACCAGAUGACCUACACUCUGGCCAUCACCGCCCGGGACAACGGCAUCCCACAGAAGUCUGACACCACCUAUGUAGAGGUGAAUGUGAACGAUGUGAACGACAACGCACCACAGUUCCUCAGCCCAAGGUACCAGGGCACCGUCAGUGAAGACGCCCCACCCUUCACUAGCGUCCUACAGAUAUCCGCAAUGGACCGAGAUGCCCACGCCAACGGCCGCGUCCAGUACACCUUCCAGAAUGGGGAGGACGGUGACGGAGACUUCACCAUCGAGCCCACAUCGGGCAUCGUACGCACGGUCCGUCGUCUGGACCGCGAGAGUGUUCCAUUCUAUGAGCUGACGGCGUACGCCGUGGACCGCGGUGUGCCUCCCCAGCGGACGCCCGUCCACAUCCAGGUGACUGUUCUCGACGUCAACGACAACGCUCCUGUCUUCCCGGCAGACGACUUUGAGGUUCUGGUGAAGGAGAACAGCGCUGUGGGGUCGGUGGUGGCCCAGAUCACAGCCACAGACCCAGACGAGGGGACCAACGCCCAAAUCAUGUAUCAAAUCGUAGAAGGCAACAUUCCUGAGAUCUUCCAGAUGGACAUCUUCUCCGGGGAGCUCACCUCCCUCAUCGACCUUGACUACGAGGCCCGCUCUGAGUACGUGAUCGUGGUCCAGGCCACCUCAGCCCCCCUGGUGAGCCGGGCCACGGUGCGCAUCCGGCUGGUGGACCAGAACGACAACCGGCCCCAACUCCAGGACUUCCAGAUCGUCUUCAACAACUUUGUGUCCAACCGCUCCAAUAGUUUCCCCAGCGACGUGAUCGGCCGGGUCCCGGCCCACGACCCUGAUGUGUCAGACCACCUGUACUACUCCAUUGCCCGGGGAAACGACCUACACCUGCUGCUGCUCAACCACAGCAGUGGGGAGAUCCGGCUGAGCCGCAAGCUGGACAACAACAGAGCCUUGGUGGCCCCCAUGCUCAUCACUGUCACAGACGGUAUCCACAGCAUCUCGGCCCAGUGCAUCCUCCGAGUGCUCAUCAUCACAGAGGACAUGUUGAGCAGCAGCGUGACGGUGCGCCUUCAAAACAUGUCCCAGGACCACUUCCUGUCCCCUCUGCUUGGUCACUUCCUGGAGGGGGUGUCGGCGGUGCUGUCUGUACCUCCGGAGGACGUGUUUGUUUUCAACAUCCAGCCGGACGGCGAGGCGGGGGGCAUCCUGAAUGUUAGUUUCACCGCGGCGCUGCCAGGGGGUAAUUUCUUCCCCUCCGAAGCCCUAGAAGAGCAACUCUACCUCAACCGGCCUCGCCUCACCUCCCUGGCACAGAUGGAGGUGCUUCCUUUCGAUGACAACGUGUGUCUGCGGGAGCCGUGUCAGAACUACAUGAAGUGCGUCUCGGUGCUUCGCUUCAACAGCUCUGCUCCCUUCAUCUCCUCUCCCUCCGUCCUGUUCCGGCCCAUCCACCCCAUCGCCGGGCUGCGCUGCCGCUGCCCCGCAGGCUUCACUGGGGACUACUGUGAGACGGAGAUCAACCUGUGUUACUCCAACCCUUGUUUCAACGGAGGGGUGUGCGCUCGCAGGGAAGGAGGCUACACCUGCAUCUGCAGAGAGGACUACACCGGCGAGCGGUGUGAGUGGGACAGGCGUCAGGGUCGCUGUGUCCCUGGGGUGUGUCGGAAUGGGGGGACGUGCAGGGAGCUGUCUGGAGGGGGGUUCCGCUGUGAGUGCCCCGCAGGAGGGUGCGAGCGGCCCUACUGCACUGUCCCCGCACGCUCCUUCCCCCCCAAAUCCUUUGUCAUGUUCCGAGGCCUCCGCCAGAGAUUCCACCUCUCCAUCUCUCUCACCUUCGCCACCCUGGAGAACAGUGGCCUCCUCUUCUACAACGGGCGCUUCAGCAGGAAACACGACUUCCUGGCUCUGGAGAUCCUGGAGGGCCAAGUGGUGCUCAAGUACUCCACAGGUGAAUCGUCCACUCAGGUGAGCCCCUUCCUACGGGGCGUAGCCGAUGGCAACUGGCACACUGUCCACAUCCACUACUACAACAAGGUGAGUCUCAGUGUCGUCUGCUAAAUGGGAUAUAUUUUUUUAUAUUUUUUUUAUAUUUCACUGUCCCUGUUUUUGCCCCAGCCCAAGCGCAGUGUGAGCGGGGAGGCUCAGGGUCCGUCUGAUGAGAAGGUGGCGGUGGUCAGUGUGGAUGACUGUGACACGGCCGUGUCGCUGCGCUUCGGAACACAGCUCGGCAACUACAGCUGUGCUGCUCAGGGCAAGCAGACCAGCUCCAAGAAAUCUCUGGAUCUCACCGGUCCCUUGUUUUUGGGUGGAGUGCCCAACACGCCAGAUAAUUUUCCGUUCCACACCCGAGAGUUUAUCGGCUGUAUGAAAGACCUCCACAUCGACAACAGUCUUUUGGACCUGGCUGGAUACAUCGCUAACAACGGGACCCUACCCGGCUGCAGUGCCAAGUCACCCUUCUGUAAAUCCAACCCGUGUCAGAAUGGAGGAACUUGCCGAGUGAGUUGGGAGACAUUCUCAUGUGACUGCCCCCUAGGUUUUGGAGGGAAGGACUGCAGCCAUGUGAUGCCCCACCCACAUCGUUUCCUGGGAAACAGUGCCCUCUGGUGGGACCUGAAGAAUGACGUGACCAUCUCCACUCCCUGGUACCUGGGGCUGGUGUUUAGGACGCGGGCCAGGGAGGGCACCCUGCUGCAGGCACAGGCCGGACAGUACACCAGCCUGGUCUUCCAGCUGGUGAGUGGUCAGCUGGUGUUCUCAGUGACCAAGGGGUCGACGCGGCCGGUGCGUCUGCGUCUGGACCAGGUGCAGGUGAGCGACGGGCUCUGGCACGACCUGCAGCUGGAGCUCCGAGAUGUCCGCAGCGGGAGGGAGACGCGCUACGUGGCUACCGUCCGCCUCGACUUCGGCCUCUUCCAGGGCACAGUGAUAGUGGGGAAUGAGAUCCAUGGGCUGAAGGUGAAACACCUUCACGUGGGCGGAGUCCUGGGCUCAGGGGAGGUGCAGAAUGGGAUACGGGGCUGCGUCCAGGGGGUUCGUUUAGGGGUACGACCGGACGCCCCGCUCCUGCCCCGCCCCUCCAAGGCUGUCAAAGUGGAGACGGGCUGUAGCGUUGGCAACCCCUGUGUCUCCUCCCCCUGCCCGCCCUACAGCCGCUGUAGUGAUGAUUGGGAACGCCACACCUGUCUCUGCGAACCAGGUUUCUAUGGUAAGGGCUGCAAAGACGCGUGCCAGCUGAACCCAUGUGAGAACAAUGCUCAGUGCCACAGGAAGCCCAGCUCAUCCCACGGAUACAUCUGUGACUGUGGAGACAACCACUACGGACAGUAUUGUCAGCACAGGAUUGACCACCAAUGUCCGCGUGGUUGGUGGGGCUCUCCAACAUGUGGGCCCUGCCACUGUGACGCCAGUAGAGGAUUGGACCCCGACUGCAACAAGACCAGCGGCCAAUGCCACUGCAAGGAGUUCCACUACCGCCCGCGAGGCAGUGACUCCUGCCUGCCGUGUGACUGCUACCCUGUGGGCUCCUUCUCCCGGUCAUGUGACCCAGAGAGUGGCCAGUGCCCGUGUCGGGCUGGCGUGAUUGGUCGACAGUGCAACAUGUGCGACAACCCCUUUGCCGAGGUCACACAGACGGGCUGCGACGUCAUUUAUGACGGCUGUCCUAAGAGCAUCACCCUGGGGAUCUGGUGGCCCAGGACUAAGUUCAACCUGCCAGCAGCCGUACCUUGUCCUAAAGGAUCUGUGGGUGCUGCUGUCAGACACUGUGAUGUGGAAAGGGGCUGGCUGGAGCCGGAUCUCUACAACUGUACCUCUCCUCCCUUUGUGGAGCUCAAUGCAGCGCUGGAGUCGGUGGAGCGGAACGAGACAGAGCUCAGCACCAUUAUCGAGAAGAAACUGGCCCACCAACUCCGUGAUGUCACUGAAGCCACAUCCCGUCUCUAUGGCAAUGACAUUCAGAUUGCAGAGCGGCUACUGUCCCGCCUGUUGACCUUUGAGAGUCUGCAGACAGGCUUCGGCCUGACCGCCACCCAGGACGCACACUUCAACGAGAAUCUUCUGCGGGGCUGCAGUGCGGUGCUGGGUCCAGACAGUGCAGGGUUGUGGCGGGCCCAGAGCCAGGUCCAGGGAGGGGCAGGGGGGCUGGCUGACCUGCUGGAGCAGUAUGCCCAGACGCUGGCCCAGAACAUGAAGCUCACCUACCUGAACCCAGUGGCCCUGGUUGCCCCCAACAUCGUGAUGAACCUUGACCGCGUGGAGAACCACACUCACGUGCGCCGACGUUUCCCUCGCUACCAAAGCCCUCUGUUCCGCGGCCAGGCUCUCUGGGACCCCCACACACACGUGGUGCUGCCCCCUGCUGCCCUGCUGCCACAACGACAACAGUUUUCCGCUUCACAGAACACAGCUCCUGCCCCCAUCAGUAUGUUGGCCAAUCAGACAGGAGAAUAUGCUGUGGCCAGCCGUUCUGUUUCGCUGCCGGAGCCGCCCGUCACCAUCGUCAUCAUGCUGAUCUAUCGUAGCCUUGGACCGGCACUCCCCCCCAAGUACCACACUGACAGACGAGGAGUCAGACUCCCCAGACAUCCGGUGAUGAACUCUCCAGUGGUCAGUGUGUCUGUCUACAACAACCAGACGUUUGUCGGGGGUCCCCUGGACUCGCCCCUGCAGCUGGAGUUCCGUCUGCUGGAGACCACCAAUCGUAGCAAGCCCCUGUGUGUCCAGUGGAACCACAGCAGCCCGUUGGAGGCGGGAGGUUGCUGGACGGUGAGGGACUGCAUCGUAGUAUACAGGAACACGUCCCACGUGCGUUGCCAGUGUCAGAGGCUGGGCACCUUCGGUGUCCUGAUGGACAGCUCCCAGAGAGAACAGCUGGAAGGGGAUCUGGAGUCCCUGGCCCUGGUCACCUACUCCUCUCUGUCGGUGUCCAUGCUGGCGCUGCUGCUCACCGUCCUGGUGCUGUCCUGCCUCAGGGGCCUCAAGUCCAACACCCGCUCCAUCCACUCCAACAUGGCCGCCGCCAUGCUGCUCUCUGAGCUCGUCUUCCUGUUCGGCAUCAACCAGACUGAGCAGCAGUUCCUGUGUACGGUGGUGGCCAUCCUGCUGCACUAUUUCUUCAUGGCCACGUUUGCCUGGCUGUUUGUGGAGGGGCUCCACGUCUACCGCGUGCAGACAGAGGCUCGCAACAUCAACUACGGAGCCAUGAGGUUCUACUAUGCCAUCGGGUGGGGUGUGCCUGCCAUCAUCACAGGUUUGGCGGUAGGGCUGGACCCUGAGGGCUAUGGGAACCCAGACUUUUGCUGGAUCUCCAUCUACGACAAACUCAUCUGGAGCUUCGCUGGACCCAUCGCCAUCGUACUCCUGAUAAAUGGUGGGAUGUUUCUGAUUGUGGCGCGCAUGUCCUGCAACCCCUCCCAGAAAGAGACCAAGAAACUACCUGUCAUUGCCACGAUUCGCAGUGCCUUCCUCCUGCUGCUCCUGGCCACCUCUACCUGGUUCUUUGGGCUGAUGGCUGUCAACAACAGUAUUCUAGCCUUCCAUUAUGUCUUCGUUAUACUAUGCUUACUGCAGGGUCUUGCUGUGUUCCUGGUGUUCACGGUGCUGAACGCCGAGGUGCAGGAGGUCUGGAAGUUGUCGUGUUUGGGUAGGAAGAGCCCCAAUGAGGACGCGCCCAGAGCCCCACAAAACCCUGGUCAGAAUCCCUAUAACAAUGCGUCAUUGCUGGAGCAGAGCGGACUGCACCGCAUCACCCUGGGAGCCUCGACUAUCUCCUCCGUCAGCAGUGCUCGAGAGAACCUGCUGGCCCGCCAGGCCUUGGAGCACAAUCUGGGACACACUGGCGCCACAGACCUGGACGUGGCUAUGUUCCAUAGAGACGGAGGUGAGGACUCGGACUCAGACUCGGAUCUCUCUUUAGAAGAGGAACGUAGUCUCUCCAUCCCCUCCUCCGAGAGUGAGGACAACGUUCGUCUCCGUGGACGCAUCCAGCGUCGCUUCAAACGCACCAAUCACAGUGAGCGGCUUCUCACAGAGCCCGCCCACAAUGGGACCAAAGACCUGGAUGGCAAUGAUCUGCUCUCCUAUUGGCCAGCGCUGGAGGAGAGUGAGGUCCACUCCCUGCAGAAGUGGGGCUCAGAGCGCCGCCUAGGGGCUGACUACAGCAAGGACGCCACAAACAACAACCAGCCUGAGGCGGCACUGACCAGCGGGGACGAGAACGGUCUGACAGGACAGUCAAACCGCCACCGCAAGGGCAUCUUGAAGAAUCGCAUUGACUGUCCCCCGGCCCUGCAGGGUCUCUCCGCCAUGGGCCAGGUCCCCAGCGAACUCUCCUGGUACCGCACCUCCACCCUGGGCCACAGGGGCGUCCCGGCAGCCUCCUACGGCCGCAUGUACUCUGGGACAGGCUCCCUGUCUGGCACUGGCUCCUUGUCCCAGCCUGCCUCCCGCUACUCCUCCAGGGAGCAUCUGGAUUCUCUGGCACGCCGCCAGCUCUCCAGAGACCCCCUGGGCCGCCAGGCUGGAGGAGGAUCCCAGAACCGUCUGGACCGUCAGGGCCCCCGGGACAACCUGGACCUGCUACCCCGCCGCCGUGAGCCGGGCCUAGACAGAGCCUCCAGGGAGAACCUGAGCAGCUCCAGAGACAGGCUGGAUGUCCACCAGCACAGCGCCCACACCUCCCGGGAGGACUUGAGUGGGAAUGGAGGUGUGGAGCCCGGUCUGGGAGGGUCGCGCUCCCAGCUCAACACCCUGACGCGGCGCCAGGCCUCCUCCCGUGAACACCUAGGAGGAGCGCUGAUGAGCAGCCGCUCCCGUGAACAGCUGGAGGCCAACGGGGGUGGCGGGGUGACCCAGUCCCAGCCCUGCAGGGAGUGGCUUCGCACCCUGCCCCCCCGCCAGCACUCACACCCUGACCAGCCCCAGCCCUCCUCCCCUCCGGCCCCCAUCAGUGAGGAACCCCAGGAGCCCUCCCUACCCCGCCGCGGCCGGCUGGACUCUGCCCCCCUGUGUAGGUACCCCCUCCCUGCCCCCGGCGCCCCCCCCAGCCGCCACCCGUCCAGCGAGCACCUGGACAUCCUGUCCUCCAUCUUGGCCUCCUUCAGCUCCUCCGUGCUCACCCCCCCAGCACCCUCCUCUGCACAAGGACCCUCCCCUCCCCGCCCCACUCCGCCACCUCUCACAGCAUCUCUGAAGUCUCCCCAGACUCUGAAGUCAACAGAAGUGAAGGACAGUCUUGAUGACACCCUCCAUAUCCCACAAUGCAUUGUGUUUUGUAUUGGGGAUACCAAGGACUGUGUAGGGGGCCGGGGAGAGGUCAAGGAGCACCCUGGACUGCUGAAGCACCCUGGGAUACUGUAGGAUCUAAGAGUUGAAGAAAGGCAGACCGUGAGAUUGGAGUUUGGAGGUGCCUGGUUCGUUCUGUUAUAACCAGCAACCAGUAUGGGGAGGAGGGCUAUACGAUGAAUAGCUGGCUACCUUAGCUACUAAUGUUUAAUGAACUUCGAUCCUCAGAUUUAGUCAUGAACACAAGAAUCGGAAUUGAACCGCUAAGAAAAAGAUGAACCUGUACAUAACAUUUUUAUACCUUUUGUAUCUUUUUCAUCAGAGGCGAAGGAAGAAAAAUAGCCCUUGAAUCAAAAUACCGUUCUCCUGAAACGUUUCCUCAAACCCGUCAGCUAUAUGUAUAAAACUAGGGACAGGGGUCGGUUAGUGUUGAUUGGAUGAGAUUGUGAGACCUGAUAGGACGAGGAAGGUGUUGGGGGCGGGUGAUUGUAAACAGGAAUGAAUUCUAUGGAAGAGAGGAUCUGACAGAACAAAUGAUUGUGAACAAGAAAGAAAGUGAACAUACUUUGAUAUUUGAGAGGCUUGAGUAUCUCAUUCUUCAGUUGCUCAGAAUACUGUUUAGAUGGAAGUGCUCUGUGAAUCCAAGAAAAGACCCACUGCUUUUGAAUGUCAGUCAUCUAUUCUGCAACAUCAUCUAUCUCUCUCUGUGCUACUGUAUAUCAGAAACAAAACACCAGUACCGUUACAUAUCUAAUAGUUUCUCUGCCUGAUAUUUGGUUAAUUUUAGUGUACAAAACCCUCUGUUGGGAAAAUGGUCACGUAAACCUCUGGGAUUUAUAGGGGUAUGAGAGGUAGAGAGAGAACACGUUUUGGUUAGCACCUAAAGGCAAGAUCAGAGGACGAGUCACCGGUGCACCAGCUGUUCCAGGGCCAUAACAGGAGAACACGUUGCACAUGUAAUAACACGACACUAAACAGACGCGUGGACCAGAGAAAGAAAUGUGGGUCAAAAAGAGAGAAGCAAUCGAGGGACUAUUACUCAUUAGAGGAAGGACGGAAAGACAGACAACGACUCGUCUCUUACACCCGGCGGUCUGCAAACCUCUUUUCAACGACCUGCUUUAAUCUUUUUAUGUCUUUGGGUAAGUUAAUAUAAAUGUGACAGUAUUAUUGCCAAAAAUCUCCCCAGGGUCCCCGAUAUCCAUCCUUCGCUAUAUUCCAUCUACGUUUAACUGCUCCAGUUAUUUUGCAACUGGUCAGUUCUUUUUGAUAUGAUUUAUUACUGCAGUACCGUUAACUUGUACAGACAUAAGAUAUAUAUUAUUUAUUACUUUGUCAUUUUGUGUGAGAGUAUGUUAUUUAUAAAAGAGAGUGUGCAGCGGUA